CUCGGCUCCGCGCCGCUCCGCGCCGCUGCCGCGGGGGCCGCGGCUGGGAACGGGGGCUGCCCCGGCGCUUCUCGCACGUGCUGCUGCCGGUGCGGGCCGCGGGGCCGCCGCCUAGCCCGCCGCCGCCAUGGACGCCAUCAAGAAGAAGAUGCAGAUGCUGAAGCUGGACAAGGAGAACGCGCUGGACCGCGCCGAGCAGGCCGAGGCCGACAAGAAGGCGGCGGAGGAGCGCAGCAAGCAGCUAGAGGAGGACAUCGUGCAAUUGGAAAAGCAAUUGCACGUGACGGAGGAUGCGCGGGACCAGGUGCUGGAGGAGCUGCACAAGGCGGAGGACAGCCUCCUCUCCGCCGAGGAGAAUGCCGCCAAGGCUGAGAGCGAGGUAGCUUCUCUGAACAGACGCAUCCAGCUGGUUGAGGAAGAGUUGGAUCGGGCUCAGGAGCGCUUGGCCACUGCCCUGCAGAAGCUGGAGGAGGCUGAGAAGGCUGCAGAUGAGAGUGAAAGAGGAAUGAAGGUCAUUGAAAAUAGAGCCCAGAAGGAUGAAGAGAAAAUGGAAAUCCAAGAGAUCCAGCUUAAAGAAGCUAAGCACAUUGCUGAAGAGGCUGACCGCAAGUAUGAAGAGGUGGCUCGUAAGCUUGUGAUCAUUGAGAGUGACCUGGAGCGGGCUGAGGAACGUGCUGAGCUUUCAGAAAGCAAAUGUGCUGAGCUUGAAGAGGAGUUGAAAACUGUGACCAACAACCUGAAGUCGCUGGAGGCUCAGGCUGAGAAGUACUCGCAGAAAGAAGACAAAUAUGAAGAAGAGAUCAAAGUAUUGACUGACAAACUGAAGGAGGCUGAGACCCGUGCUGAAUUUGCUGAGAGAUCAGUAACCAAGCUGGAGAAGAGCAUUGAUGACCUAGAAGAAUGUAACAUUGUUCCAGUAAGAAAAGCAAAAGCCUCAUUAAUGGUCCGAGACUGGAGUCUGUGACUUGCUCUGACUUCCCUGAAGUGGCUGUCAGAGGCUGGCUCUGGGGAGGAGUUGCUGUGGGAUGCUGCAGCCUGACCCUGCGGAGGAAGAGGAUUGCUGUGGCAGCUGUUAGGAAGGCUGUGGAAAAGAUUCCCUACAGGGGGAUAACCUGAGAGUGGGAGGCCAGUUUACAUCUAGACUAUCAGAAGAAUAUACACAGUUUGAAAAAGCAAAACAGUCAGAAACCAUUGGAGACCUUUCGUUCCCCUCUGCAGAACAGCUCUUACAUUUACUGUCAUGACACAGCUGUAGGUGUUUGAUCUUGAUGGUGAUCUGUCUUGUCAGUUUGCUGCAUUUGGGCAACACAGAUUUUCACACUACCAUUUCAUUUACCUUCAGUGUGGUUUUUGUGGUGUUGUGUGGGGGGUUUUGUUUUGUUUUUGUUUUUUGAAGUACCAGUGGACAGUUUAAAGCCUCUUUGUAUUAGGAACACAGGUAUGCUUUCCUGGUUUAAAGACAAAUAAUAAAAAUACCAUUUCAGCUGUUGGGUUCCACAGUAAAGAAGUUAGGGAGUUGGGCACUUAAGGAUCAGUCCAGUUCCUGCUUGCUUCAGUGACAGGAACCGAGGAGAGGCUUGCUGGAAGGGAUUGGGGAGUGUAGGUUGAAUUAAACUGAGUAGUACUUGGCUCUCUGCUCUCUCCUGUAUUAGCCUGGUCAUGGUACAGUUGCUUUCCACCAGCUGAGUUAUGAGCUUCCAAGACAUCUUAAAUAUUUUACAAAGAAAAACAUCACUCAUAGAACAAGUUUUCUAUGCAUUAAUCAUGAAGUUUUAAGCAGGACUGAGUCCUUCUAGGAAUAUAGCUGCAGUUCUUCCAUUUUUAUUCCUCUUCGCCUGUCUCACAGCUGUUCUCCACAACAGGAGUCUUAGCAGGUCCUCUUUAGGUUAUAACAGCUGUUCCUUGGAGUAGCUAUUUAAUUGCUAAAGCUCUAGAGACAAAGGUAAAAUGUUUCUCUGUUACUAGUUACUGAACUGUCUGUGGUGUGACCAGUUUCUUUAUUAACUCUUACUUACCUGUUUUCUUUGUCUAAUCUCUCUUCAUUCUGCCUCUCUUUCCUUCUAACCUGCUUGCUGCCUGUACAGACCAACUCUACCAGCAACUUGAGCAAAACAGUCGCCUAACUAAUGAACUAAAGCUGGCAUUGAAUGAGGAUUAAACUUUAGUGCGAAUAUAUUGAUAACUCGUUUAAAAACUGCUUCUUCCAAAAGUUCCUCCAGAAUUAAUCACUAAAUGUAGAAAGUAGCAAGAAACCUAGGAAUUGAUGUUCAGGAUGUUAAUUCUCUGACAAAUUAAUGUAUGAAAUUCUCAUUUUGUUGGAAAAAUUAAAAUGGAAGUGCUCCUUCUGAUGAGGCCUUUGAUUAUCUGUAUGUACAACUGCUUUGGAGGAGCUGUAAGAUCCUAUCCACUUUAGUACUAAUUACAGCAUUUAGCUAACAGUAUCCAAAAAGCAACAGCCUUCCUUGUAGAGAGACUGUUGGUUUAGCUGAUGCCAUAAAUUGAUCCUGAGAUUUUUACUGGGAAGUGGAUGGAAGCGAGGAUUCAAAUUUGAAAACCCAUGUGAAGGAUAUUUAUGGCUGUUCUGUAUCUGGAGACUGUAAUGCAUUCGUUUUGCGUUACUACAAAAUGGGCUUGUAUUUGACUAAAAAUAGAAAUGGGAGCUCCAUUUGAAAAUACCUGGUCAGUUUAAAGGUAUGCUUGCAUUAGUAUGAAGUUAUUUAUGGGAUUCUGGUAAGAUGCAGCUCUAGAAUAUUGUGCUCAUUUAUUGUGUCAUGUAAGUGUGUUAAAUGACAAUCCUAUAAAAAUGUGCAUGCAACAUAAAGCUACUAAAUUUUUUGGUUUUUAUAGCAGAAAUAAGUUAAUAUUCUCAAAAGUCACUUGAAUGAAGGAAGUGGCUUUAAGUUUUUUGUUAGUUCUCUGCAAGUUCCAAAUUACAUGAAGCUUAAAGUGUGGAACUGCAAAGAAUUUGUAUUCUGUUCUUCCUUACCGCUCUACUUUAAAAAACACAUAAAUAAAAAUUCACUCACCAUCCCACAUUCCCAUAGCAAAAAGCUCCUGGAACCAACAAGAAUAUCGUCCCUGUUGGCAGUGCAUUUUCUUUUCUUUCCUUUUUUUUUUUUAAUGCAGCUGUAAACAGUUUAAGCUUUCAUUCCUUGCAGUUUGUUUUAUUAAUUUGAAGUUCUCCCUGGUUGUGCUGUCUGAGGAUAUUAGCAUUUAUGAGCAUGCACAUUUCCUACCUUCUAAACCCUCCACUCGAAAUGAUGAUUGCAUGCCUUCAUGUUCUGAGAAGCGGGGCCUCCAAAGAACUGCUAUUCAUGUUUUAAUUUUCUAAUUCC